AUGGCCGACCUUACCAUCCGCAACCUCACAAUCACCCCCCUCGAGCUCGUCUCCAUCCAGCGCCUCCAGGGCGAAAAGAUCCGCACCGGCAACCUCGUCUCCAACGUCACCGGCCGCUUCACCAGCUUCAUCAACGCCACCGACUUCUCCGCCCACAAGCUGCUGCCCCGCGCCGACCAUGAGCCGCACGACAACCGCGACGUCUCCAUCCAUCUGGACCCCUUCCGGACCGUCCAGACCGAUGUCCGCGCUGCCGAUGUCGCCGGCCGCGAGAUUCUCCGGCUGACCUUCCGGGCCGGUCACCGGCGCUACGAGACGGAUGUGCCGAGCCCGUCACGCAAGUCUGCCGUUAUGAAGCGCAUUGCUAGUGAUGACGGCGAUGAUGACAACGAAGAAGAGCUUGACCUCACCGUCGUGUACAUCCCCAACGGCGCCUUUCUCUCCAUCUUCUCCUCCGCAAAGCUCCAUGCCUGGAUGAAGCAGCUGGACGAUGCCUGGCCGCUGCCCUUCCUCUCCAUCCCCGGCACGCACAACUCCCCUACCUGCCACACUGCCCUCCCCUCCGUGCGCUGCCAAUCCGUCGGCGUCACAGAGCAGCUCCAAAACGGCGUUCGCUUCCUCGACAUCCGCGUCUCCGUCAACCCGGACAACGAUACCCUCACGCUUGUCCACUCCGUCUUCCCCGUUAGCCUCGCCAGUACAAAGUACUUUGGGGACAUGCUGGACGACAUCUACCGCUUCCUCGAGGCCAAUCCCAGCGAGGCCAUCUUCAUGAGCCUCAAGCGCGAGGGCGCCGGCCGCGGCACCGACCAGCACCUCAGUCGCUACUUAAAGUCCAGUUACGUCGACAAGCGGCCGGAACGCUGGUGGACAGAGCCUGUGAUCCCGACGCUCGGUGCUGCUAGGGGCCGCAUCAUUGUUGUGCGCAGGUUCGCAUUAGAUGACGAGGUGGCAAAGACGUCCUGGGAUGGCAGAGGGUAUGGCAUAGACGGACAGAACUGGCCGGAUAACUGCGAAGACGGCACCUGUGACGGAGGCCAGAUUCGCGUGCAGGACUUUUACGAAGUCACUGAGAGCCAGAACAUCGAGAAGAAGAUCGACUACAGCAGAGGCCAGCUGGAGCGCGCCGCCGAGCGAGAGUUUCACGUCCCUAGCCUAGCGGAACAUGAUGAAAACGCAGAUGCUGCUGCUGCUGCUAAGCUCCCCAUUUUCAUCAACUUCCUAAGCGGCAGCAACUUCUUCAACGCCACGUGCUGGCCAGAGAGAAUUGCCGCAAAGGUGAACCCUGCCAUUACCGAAUAUCUUUGCAUCCGCCACGGCGAGGAUGGCAAGGGGCCUAAGCAGCUCAAGGUUGGUGCGGCGAGCACUGGCAUUGUUGUUACGGACUGGGUGGGAGCAAAUGGCGAUUGGGAUUUAAUUAGAUGUAUUGUUGGGUGGAAUGCCAAGCUGCAGGUGUCUUGA